ACAGCGAUUCACAGCGAGCGAGCAGAGGAAGGAACUAAACAGCUCUUGGCAGCAGCAUCGGAGACAUGUGUGGUAUCUUUGCGUAUCUGAAUUAUCACGUGCCUCGCACUCGGCGCGAGAUCCUUGAGGUCCUUAUCAAAGGUCUGCAUCGCCUGGAGUACCGUGGCUAUGACUCCGCCGGUGUGGGCAUUGAUGGAGGAAACCAUAAGGAAUGGGAAAAAAACUCCAAGAACAUCCACCUGAUCAAGCAAACGGGAAAAGUCAAAGCGCUGGAUGAGGAAAUCCAUAGGCAGCAGGAUGUGGAUCUUGAUGUGGAGUUUGAUGUGCACCUGGGAAUCGCUCACACUCGAUGGGCCACUCAUGGCGUCCCUAGCCCGGUCAACAGCCACCCGCAAAGAUCUGACAAGGACAACGAGUUUAUUGUCAUCCAUAAUGGAAUCAUCACCAACUACAAAGACCUGAAGAAGUUUCUGGAGAGUAAAGGCUAUGAGUUUGAGUCGGAGACGGACACCGAGACCAUCGCUAAGCUGGUGAAGUACAUAUAUGAUAACCGGGAGAGCGAUGACAUCACCUUCGCCACCCUCGUGGAGCAAGUCACCCAGCAACUAGAAGGAGCUUUUGCCCUGGUCCUCAAAAGUGUGCACUAUCCGGGAGAGGCAGUGGGUAGCAGGAGAGGAGGUCCAUUACUGAUUGGAGUAAGAAGUGACCACAAGCUUUCCACAGAUCACAUCCCCAUCCUGUAUCGCUCCUCUGGUAAAGAUAAAAAGAGCAGCAAUACUCUGCCCAGGAUGGACGAGGACACGUGUCUGUUUCCUGUGGACGAGAAAGCCGUGGAAUACUACUUUGCAUCUGAUGCCAGUGCUGUCAUCGAGCACACCAAUCGAGUCAUCUUCCUGGAGGAUGAUGAUAUUGCAGCAGUGCGUGACGGGCGUCUUUCCAUCCAUCGCAUCAAGCGCACCGCAGGAGAUCACCCGGCCCGUGCCAUCCAGACCCUGCAGAUGGAGCUGCAGCAGAUCAUGAAGGGAAACUUCAGUUCUUUCAUGCAGAAAGAGAUCUUCGAGCAGCCAGAGUCUGUGGUCAACACCAUGCGAGGAAGAGUUAACUUUGAGAACAACACAGUGAUCUUGGGAGGGUUGAAAGACCACAUUAAAGAGAUCCAGAGAUGUCGGAGGCUCAUCAUGAUCGCCUGUGGGACCAGUUACCAUGCUGGAGUUGCAACUCGUCAGGUACUGGAAGAACUGACUGAACUUCCUGUCAUGGUGGAGUUGGCUAGUGAUUUCCUGGAUCGAAACACGCCUGUCUUCCGAGAUGAUGUGUGCUUUUUCAUCAGCCAGUCAGGAGAGACGGCAGACAGCCUGUUGGCUCUACGCUACUGUAAGGAGCGAGGUGCCCUCACGGUGGGCAUCACCAACACUGUGGGCAGCUCUGUCUCAAGAGAAACGGACUGUGGUGUUCACAUCAAUGCCGGCCCAGAGAUUGGUGUGGCUAGCACCAAGGCAUACACAAGUCAGUUCGUGGCUCUCAUCAUGUUCGCUCUUCUGAUGUGUGAUGACAGAAUCUCAAUGCAGCCGCGCAGACGAGAAAUCAUACAAGGCCUCAAAGUGCUGCCAGAUCUCAUCAAGGAGGUGUUGAGCCUGGAUGAGGAGAUUCAGAAGUUGGCAGCGGAGCUGUAUCAGCAGAAGAGUGUUCUCAUCAUGGGCCGAGGAUACCACUACGCCACCUGCCUGGAGGGAGCUCUGAAAAUCAAGGAGAUCACGUACAUGCAUUCAGAGGGGAUUUUGGCUGGAGAGCUGAAGCACGGGCCGCUGGCUCUUGUGGACAAACUGAUGCCGGUCAUCAUGAUCAUCAUGAGAGACCACACAUACACCAAGUGCCAGAACGCACUGCAGCAGGUCGUGGCCAGGCAGGGCCGUCCCAUCGUGAUCUGUGAUAAGGAUGACCAUGAGACCAUCAAAAACUCCAGCCGCUCCAUCAAAGUGCCUCACUGUGUGGACUGUCUGCAGGGCAUCCUCAGCGUCAUCCCGCUACAGCUGCUGGCCUUCCACCUCGCUGUGCUCCGCGGAUACGACGUUGAUUGCCCAAGAAACCUGGCGAAGUCUGUGACUGUUGAGUAACUGCUUCCCGAUUGAUGCCUCAAACACACACACACACACACACACACACACGUCCAGACUAUCAAAGACAUGAAGACUAAUGAAGAGAGGGUUUUAUACAUGCCAGCUUUCUUGAUCCUAAAAAACCUGAAGUGUACCUCCAUAUACCUGUAUCUCAUCUCAGAGCAUGAUUUUGGAUGUUUCAUAUCAUUACUGUUAACUGUUAUCUUUUUUUGUGUGUGUGUGUGGUGGCGUAGUAUGGGGUGGCUUUAUAAGAGCUGCACUCUUAACUCGACGUCUCUUGAUGCGGCCUUUAACACAUUCGUCUUAUGGCUUUUUAUUAGUUUGCUCUGUUUGAAAUAUUAGUUUGACCCAGAAAGACUUCUAGAUGCUUCUCAUCAAAUACACAAAAGCAUUUGUGUAACCAAGAUAAGAGCCUCAUAACUCUCCAUUAUCCGUUCUCCUUGUGAACCCCCCCACACAAUUCUAGUGAUAUGUGGCACUAAAACAAAAAUGUGAAUCAGUGUUUUGUAGUUUGCACGAUAUUUUGUUUCUCCAGUUUGCUGCUAUUUAAGUGGAUGUAGUUGUUACCUAUGAGCAUAUUUUUCCCAGGAUGACUUUUAAUCAUCUGGAAUUUCAUAACCAUGUUUAUUUCUCACUGUGGCCGGUGUGAACUUUGAUACAAUGACUCUUAUUCAAAUCAGUAUUCAUUGAAUUGAUGCUGAUGUUUGAUCUAGCGAUCAUGUCUUCUCAAUGCAUUUGUGCUUUGAGACUUUAAUACAUAAUUUGAACGGUUUAUAAUAUUGGUGGGCUAAUAGUUUACAAUAUGAUUCAAAACUUGUAUUUAAGAUAUAUAUUCAUAUUUAUCAAUUAAAAUUAACCUAGACGCAUAGAUGCAUUAAUUAAUGCAAAUAACUAAUGAUAGAUAAACUAUAAGGUUUUCAUCUCGUUCAUGUUGCAAAGAACUGAAUGAAAAAUAAGGUCAAAUAUCAAGGUCACAGUCGGGUUAAAUGAAUACAAUCCCCAGUCAUCUACAUGAAGGGUCAAAUAUGAAGUUAAUGUAUUAUCUGAUCAGUUUGUUUAGUCAUCAAAGUUUCUAUGUGCUUUUGCCAAAUUGGGUUACAGGAUUGGUCACGUUUGGUUUGAUGUAUGUAUGGCCUGUUGAACGUCAACCAUUUAGAAAUGAAAUGUUUACAUGAAGAGAAGGUGAUGUCUGAUUAUUGCAUUUUGAGGAAUCACCUCUGCUUCCCACAGAAAGUUGAUUCAGGAGGUUUUGAAGCCAAAGCAGUGAUUGUAGUGAAUCACUGCACUGCAGUACUGUGCCUGUAGUUACUGUACGAGAAUCAGAUUUAUAAUAAUCAGUUAUUGAGAUUCAUCCGAAGGUAUACUUGUUGGCUUCCAUUCUCCAAUUCCUUUACUGUAGAAAAUUGAGAGGCCUUGUUUAGUGUCUCAAAUGAGAGGACUGCCCCAUACAACGCCACCGACAGCUACGAUUGUUUCCAGGGGACCAUUUUCUUGUCUUUUCUCUUAGGUUUUAUUUUUAUUGGGUAUAGAAGGGUUAUAUUUUUAUAUACUGCAUUAUUUUCAGUUAAAAUGCUUAUGUACUUCCUUUUGAUUUUUUUUUUUACGUUUUGUUGUGGAUAAAAUCAACAUGAAUAAAGAUUUCUAUCAUCUGAAUCUUUUGUUCAAAGCACCAGAUGGGCAUGAUGAACCAAAAAUAUCUACUAUUAAUGGCAUGUAACCAAAGGGUGAAGAAGGGUCUUAUGGGGCAAUAGCUCUAAAGGUGCGAUUAUAGUCCUGUGCUUAUAUUUUUUAAAUGAAUAAUAUAUUCAACUCAUGGAAAGAGGGUUUUCUAUAUUUCACAGGAUAAUAUACUAGCAUUGCUCUUUGGUCAGUGGUGCACUGAACUGCUUUGCUUUUAUGUUUUACGAUAGCAUCUUAACUUUUCAUCUUAAAGGUUUGUGUGGUAGGUAGUUUUUUUUCUUCUUCUUCAGAUCAGUUUUGCCAUCCUCAUCCAGCAACUGUUUGGCGACAUCCAGCAAAAUGAUGUCCGGCAUCGAGGCCUUAAUCACUAUUUAAGGUUAAAGCAUCUCGUAAUGUGUUUUGGGUCUGUGUGUGUGUUGAAUUUGCAGUUAUGAUCAAGAGAGUUAAUAAAACAUUAAUUCUUUCUCA